AGCAAAAAUCUUUCUUAUCAUGUAAGAAGUUAAAUCGUCAUCAUUUAUUUAAAGGAUGUGAUCGCAAAAAUAAUUCAUCUCUAUUUCACAUUGUCUCUUUCAUAAAAUACGAAGAUAUAUCAUAAAAAUGUUAUUACUUCAUUGAAAACGUUAUCGGUGAUAAUAUAUAUGACAAGAGUAAACGUAUCACGGUGGGAAAGUAAUAAGCUGGUGUGGCAUACGUGUAAGCGAGAGACGUAUAGCGUGAUGUUAUCCAGUGCUACUUCGACACUCUUGUACACGAUUAAGAUAAACAAAACUUGAACUAGAAUCGCAGAGCACAAUCAUUCGUCAGUCCGAGUAGAGCCACUGGGAUGCAUGUGAAAUUGGGAUAGUUCUGUCAUACUUACACUUUAUCAUAAUCAUCAUUGAGAAUAGCAGCUGUGAACACUUUGCUUCAAUUUAUGACAGACCACUUAGCUUAUGGUCGAAGAACUUUAAUAUCCAAUCUCUUAGUUGUGGUUCAUCACCAGUUUAUUGUCGUGCGUCUUGAUUGACAAAGAAGUAACUCAACAAUUCCUUCAAUGGCUCCAUUAGCGAGAAUAGCGCUGCUAAAUAUCAAAGGACCGGCAAGAGCAUUAUUAUGCGCCCAAUCUCAGAGCAUACAAAACAAUUGCUGCAAAACAAUUACAUCGCAACAAGUGUUCGAUCGUGAAUCUAAAUACGGUGCUCAUAAUUAUCAUCCACUUCCUGUGGCUUUGUGUAAAGCUCAGGGUGUUUUUAUGUGGGACGUCGAAGGUAAAAGAUACUUCGACUUUAUGAGCGCUUAUUCAGCAGUUAAUCAAGGCCACUGUCAUCCUAGAAUCUACAAAGUAAUGGUCGAUCAAGCAAAAAUUCUAACUCUAACAUCUAGAGCGUUUUAUUCUAACGUCUUGGGUGAAUUCGAAGAAUAUAUUACAAAACUUUUCGGAUACGACAAAUGGCUACCGAUGAAUACAGGCGUGGAAGGUGGCGAAACAGCAUGCAAAUUGGCACGCAAAUGGGGAUAUUCCAGCAAAAAUAUACCACAAAAUCAGGCCAAAAUAGUAUUCGCGGAGGGUAACUUUUGGGGAAGGACCAUGAGCGCCGUUUCCUCGAGUACCGAUCCGACCAGCUACAGUGGUUUCGGACCGUUCAUGCCAGGCUUCGAGGUCAUUCCCUAUGAUGAUCUUGCGGCGCUUCAGCAAGCUCUCACCGAUCCGACUGUCUGCGCCUUCAUGGUGGAGCCUAUCCAGGGUGAAGCUGGGGUUGUGGUUCCCAAGGAGGGAUAUUUGAGAGGAAUCAGAGAACUUUGCACGAAACACAAUGUCCUAUGGAUCGCAGAUGAGGUGCAGACCGGUCUAGCUAGAACAGGCAAACGACUCGCCGUUGAUCACGAAAAUGUGAAACCGGACAUUCUUAUUCUCGGUAAGGCCUUAUCCGGCGGGUUUUAUCCCGUUUCCGGUGUGCUGGCGAACGAUCCCGUCAUGCUCGUCAUCAAACCUGGCGAGCAUGGAUCAACCUACGGUGGAAAUCCUCUGGCAUGCAAGGUCGCCCUGGAGUCGCUUCACGUUUUGGAGGAAGAGAAACUCGCAGAAAACGCAGAGAAACUUGGUCACGUGCUUAGGAAUGAACUUAACAAGCUACCGAAGGAAGUGGUCACCUUGGUGAGAGGAAAGGGUCUUUUAAACGCCAUCGUCAUUAACAAAAAACUCGACGCCAUGAACGUCUGUUUAAAAAUGAAAGAACACGGUCUUUUAGCAAAACCAACACAUGGGCACAUCAUUCGGUUGGCACCACCAUUAGUUAUCACGGAAGACCAAAUACGCGAGUGCGCGGAUAUUAUUUCCAGAACUAUUCUAUCUGCUGGAACAAAGAGAAAAAACGUGACCAUGCAAUCUGUGCGACAAAGAUUCUUCAAUAUUGUAAAAGAAUCGGACAAAAGAAGAUUUUUGAGUUCUCAGCAAAUAAUCGAUCGUGAUAAUAAAUACGGUGGCAUUCAUUUCAAACCAUUACCGAUUGUUUUAUCCCGAGGGGAAGGUGUUUAUCUGUGGGAUAUCGAUGGAAAGCGUUACCUCGAUUUUCUGGCGGGAUUCUCAACCGUCAACCAGGGUCAUUGUCACCCGCGUCUGGUGAAGAUCAUGAGAGAACAGGCUGGGAAGCUGACACACACAUCAAGAGCCUUCUAUUCGGAACCUCAUGGCGAAUUGGGAGAAUAUUUGACGAAACUUCUAGGAUGGGAUCGAUUUUUACCCAUGAAUACAGGCGUCGAAGGUGGUGAUACGGCUAUAAAAAUGGCCCGACGCUGGGGAUAUAGAAUAAAGAAAGUGCCCAAUAACAAAGCUACCAUUGUGUUCGCUGAGGGAAACUUUUGGGGUCGUUCAUUGGCGGCUUUGUCAGCCUCGACAGAUCCGAACUGCUAUACAGAUUUCGGACCCUAUGUGCCGCUCUUUGAGAAAGUACCGUACAAUGAUCCGGUUGCUCUGGAACAGAAAUUCCAGGAAAACCCUAAUAUCUGUGCGUUUAUGAUGGAACCUAUCCAGGGAGAAGCCGGUGUCGUUAUACCUACUGAUGAUUAUCUACAACGUGUAAGAGAACUGUGUACAAAGUACAACGUUCUAUGGAUCGCCGAUGAGGUGCAGACUGGCCUUUGCAGAACUGGCAAGCGCUUGGCAGUUGAUCAUGAAGGUUACAGACCGGAUAUUCUUAUUUUGGGAAAAGCACUCUCUGGCGGCAUGUAUCCGGUUUCUGGUGUUCUAGCAGAUGAUCAGAUAAUGCUUUGCUUGGAAACGGGUUCGCAUGGAAGUACUUUCGGCGGGAGUCCGCUCGGAAACAGAGUUGCCUUGGAAGCAGUCAAAAUCUUGGAAGAGGAGAACCUGGCAGAGAACGCGAAGAAACUCGGCAACAUCCUGAAAGAAGAACUGAUCAAGUUGCCAAAAGAUAUCGCGACGGAAUUUCGUGGACGUGGUCUUUUAGCCGGCCUUGUAAUUAAUAAAGAGUUUGCCAAUGGUUGGGAUAUCUGUCUGAGGCUGAGAGACGCUGGAUUGUUAUCAAGACCUGCACAUGGUCAAAUCAUUAGAAUAUCGCCUCCUUUAACGAUCACGGAGGAGCAACUGCGCGAAGGAAUAAAUAUUCUCACUACAGUCCUCAAAAGUUACAAAUAAAGGACUUUGAUUAACAAAGGAUUUAAAAAAUUUCACCAAAAUUAUACGAAUCGAAAAUAAUUUUCUAGUUAACAGACAGAGAUUACUUCUAUUUUGAUACUAUUUUAUUAAUUCCAGACAAUCUUGAGAGCUUAAAUCUAGAUUUCUAUAUUUUUGGGAAUACAUGGAAGUGAUGAUAAGAGAGUAAGAAUAAGUCAAAACGAAAUUUUAAAAUUAUAAAAUAUGUAUUCG